CCAAAAGAUAUCUGAACAGAAAGAGAGGGAGAAUGGAGUCUAAGGCCUGUUGGGUACUUUUCUUCUCUCUCCUCCAUUUAAGUUUUGUAGCUGACAGCUAUGGGAAGACACAAAGUGAAGCACUUGGCCACCUCUACAAGGCCAAGAUGAUGAAAAACUGCACCAUUGACAAGAGCCAUUUCAAGCCAAUUGAUCACCAUGUUCAUGGGGCCAAAGUUCUUCUUCCUCAGGAGGGUUUGAAAGAGAGAGACAGAAUUGAGAGAUUGCCUGGACAACCACAAGUUGGGUUCACACAGUAUGGUGGAUAUAUCACAGUCAAUCAAUCUGCUGGUCGAGCUUUCUAUUAUUACUUUGCUGAAGCUCAUCAUUCUAAGCAGUCUUUGCCUCUUCUUCUUUGGCUUAAUGGAGGUCCUGGUUGUUCUUCUCUAGCCUAUGGAGCAAUGCAAGAGCUUGGACCAUUCCGAGUCCACAGUGAUGGCAAAACCCUAUACCAAAAUAAAUUUGCAUGGAACCAUGCUGCAAAUGUUUUGUUCUUGGAGUCUCCGGCCGGAGUAGGGUUUUCAUACUCCAAUACAACGUCCGAUUUCACGAAUGGUGGAGAUAGAAAGACGGCUUCAGAUAAUUAUGUUUUCUUAGUGAAUUGGCUCGAGAGGUUUCCUGAGUACAAAAAUAGAGACUUUUACAUAUCAGGCGAGAGCUACGCAGGACACUACGUACCUCAACUCGCUCAUACUAUUCUAUACCAUAACAAGGAGGCCAAUAAGACUAUCAUCAACCUCAAAGGGAUCAUUAUUGGAAAUGCAGUGAUCAAUGAUGAGGCCGAUAAUAAAGGAAUGUACGAUUACUUUGCGAGUCACGCUCUCAUUUCGGAUGAAACUUCGUAUCAAAUUCAGAAAUAUUGUGAUUUCUCUCCCAAAGCCACCACAGAGUCCGAUGAGUGCAAUAACGCCUCUAAUGCGGCCGACAUCGAUGUUUCCGACAUUAAUAUCUAUAACAUCUAUGCUCCUUUGUGCUUUAACACCAAUCUCAGCAUCAAACCCAAGAAAGCUUCAAUUGGAAAUGCAGUGAUCAAUGAUGAGACCGAUAAUAAAGGAAUGUACGAUUACUUUGCGAGUCACGCUCUCAUUUCGGAUGAAACUUCGUAUCAAAUUCAGAAAUAUUGUGAUUUCUCUCCCAAAGCCACCACAGAGUCCGAUGAGUGCAAUAACGCCUCUAAUGCGGCCGACAUCGAUGUUUCCGACAUUAAUAUCUAUAACAUCUAUGCUCCUUUGUGCUUUAACACCAAUCUCAGCAUCAAACCCAAGAAAGCUUCAGUAAGGAAUUUCGAUCCAUGCACUGACUAUUACGUGUAUGCUUAUCUCAAUCGGCCUGAUGUUCAAGAGGCCCUCCAUGCCAAUGUCACCAAAAUCCAUUAUGAUUGGGAACCAUGCAGUGAUGUGAUCAAGAAGUGGGAAGACAGCCCAUCAACAAUGAUACCACUCCUAGAAGAGUUCAUGGAGAAUUGCCUUCGAGUGUGGAUAUUUAGUGGUGAUAUAGAUGGAAGGAUACCAGUGACUUCAACCAAGUAUUCCAUUAACUACAUGAAGCUUCCUGUGAAAACUCCAUGGCAUCCUUGGCUACUCAAUGGAGAGGUUGGUGGGUACACACAAGUCUAUGAAGGAGACCUAACAUUUGCUACUGUAAGAGGGGCUGGACAUCAGGUUCCAAGUUACCAGCCAGCAAGAGCUCUUUCUCUUAUCUUGCACUUCCUUGCUGGGACACCUCUUCCUAAUACUUCAACAAAUUGA